CAUAAUUAUGUAAGUGGCGAGUACGUUGGUAUAUUAUUAUAUCCCGUGUUAAAGGUACUUUACUUGUUUGUUUGGGAGAGAAAGAGUGUACACGAACGUGAAGCAAAAUCAAGAUGAAGAACAGCGAAUGUUUUGGUGUGUGUUGCCUUUUAACGAUAACUUUAAUGAUUGGAUGGCAAGCAGGAAGAUAUUUUGAUCAAAUGCCGAUAGCCUUUUUAAAUGCUAAUCAAACUAGGACUAAAAAUGUUCUCUUCCCUUUUACACAGACAAUAAAAGAAAUUACACCAAGUACUUUUUCACAAACAUCCCAUUCAAAAUAUAAUUUUAAAACAGGAGUUCACGUAUUCCGUCAUGACCUUACAAAGUGGAAUGCAGACGACAAUAUUUGUGAUAAUCUCCCGCCAAAUUUAAAGAAAGCAACUCUGCAUACAGCUCAUGGUGAUACGCCUAUUUACGUCCAUAAUCCAAGUGAGGAUAUUCAUGUGAGCGGAAGCUUGGUCCGUUCAAGAACAUGGGAACCACAUUUACUUAAUUUGAUGGCGGGUCAUUUGCGUAAAGAUCCAGAAUUACAAUUUAUGGACCUUGGUGCCAAUCUUGGUGUAUUUUCUCUCGCCAUGGCUAAGUUUGGGAGACAGGUGAUUGCUGUGGAACCCCUUUCAAUAAAUUUACAUCGAUUCUGUGCAUCAAUAAAGGCGGGAAAACUCACUGAGAAAAUUACUAUUGUUUAUAAUGCACUUUCGGACAAACGAGAAAAUGUGUCUCUCGGUAUUGAUCGAAGAAAUGUCGGUGGAACUUAUAUUGUGAAUAAUAAAAAUAUGAAUAAAGUAAAAGGAUCAUCCGUUGGCGGACAAUAUAAGGACAUUGUCAUGACAGCGAAGUUGGACGAUAUUUUAAAAAUACCCGGAUUUGAUUUCAAAAAGGUCAUAAUAAAAAUGGACGUAGAAGGAUACGAAAACUUCGUUUUGAAUGGUGGUCAAAUAUUUUUCGAUCAAGUGGACGUCCAAGCUGUAUUAAUGGAAUGGAUGUGGCAGCGAAGUGGUAAUGCUGCUAAGGAAAUCCUGGCAUUUUAUGCUAAACGUGGAUAUAAACCGUACACUCCGGGCUCAAAUGCUCCACUAAAAACGUCGCUCUCUCAUGCUUGGCCAGUUGAUGUCAUUUGGAGAAAAUCUUGAAGGUAAAAAAAUGUAUACAAAUGGCAAACAGUGCUCGACGCCAACGCAGGUUCUGAUGACAUCAAACGGAAGAUGGAUGUUAUAGUGUCGACGGCAUACCGAGCCAGGACGAGCCUUACCAAGCCAGACAGAGCCUUACCGAGCCUUACCAAGCUAGACCGUGCCAGGCCGAGCCUUACCGAGCCUUGUGAAUCCACGGAAGUGUAUCGUUCCUAGUUGGGAUUUAUUUUAUAAGAUUGAACUACAGUUAAUGUGUCGACAUUUUGCUUACAGCAAUGUGACAAAUUCCGUUCUACCUUUUGUUCAAAAUAUAAUUUCAUCAGCCA